GUGUAGACUUGUCUGCUGACACUUCACCUGUUAUAUUCAAUAAUUUUAAGCGAGAGUAGAGCCUAUGAUUGUCAUCUUAUCUUUACUAUAUCCCCCCUUAUUUUUCUUUCUCAACUUCCAGAUUGCCUCUUUGUCAUACUUCUCUCUGCCUUGAUAUUUUACAUAGUGCUGCUCUUGAUCUUACAAAAUAAUGAGUUAACAUCCUCACUUAGAGCCAUUUGUAUAUACGACGAAUUCUCAAAUCCAAUGGGAUUUGCAUCCCACCUAUUCCCACAGUCUUAGUGAACUCAAUUUGUCUAUCGUGGAUUGAUGAAUUUUUUUUAUCUUGUAGUUCACUUUUUCUUGAGUUACUUGUUUCCUUAAAGGUGAUUCUAGAAAUAUGUUAUGAUGAGUGUUUGAACUCCUUUUCUUUGUCCCCCCCCCCCUUCUCUGCCCCUCAUCUUAAGAAAAGAAGUUGUCCCAUAAAGCCCAACAAAUUAUAAAGAAAAAAAAAAUCUUCUGAAGAAACUUAACUGGAAUUAGCUUUCUUGUUUCCUUUUUGUUGUAUGAUAAUGCUCUUUAGACUCUGUCAUAAAAAUUAAUCCUUACACAUGUCCGAUUUUCUUUUUGCUGUUGGAUUUAUGCUUUGUCGUAUGACAUCAAGAUUUUAAAAUUACCACUUGACUCCAUUUGAUCAUCUAUACAUCAGGUGAAGCUACUCUAUCAUGGUGAAUGCCACCAAAGGAUUCUUCAUCUUCUGUGACAUACCAAUGGCUCAAUUCAUUAUCCAUAUGAAUGUUCACUGCCAACAAAACCAGAAAUUCAUAAUACGCGUCCUAGAUAAUACUCACUUAUUUGUGCAACUUCACGCGGCUGAGAUGAUAAGAAGUGCCAUGUCCGAGUUCAGAGAAGCGAACACUUACAAGAAACCUCCUUAAUGUAACUAAUUACUUUAUUCUGGGAUAAGUCAAAUUAACGAUAA